CUCUUCAAAACUCGAAGCCGCACAAAAACAACAAAAUGGCCUUUCUGUUCAAAGCCAAGGCCAAAAACCCACAGGACCUUGUGCGGGCCGCCAAGGACUGUCUUGGCCAGCUCGAGUCCAAGCCCAGCGACAAGCUUGCCGAGGAAAUGUCCAAGCAUCUCCAAGCAAUGAAGACCGUCUUGUACGGCGAUGGCGAGACCGAUCCGCACCCAGAGCUGGUCGCUCAGCUUGCGCAGGAGGUGUACAGCUGCGAUUUCUUGAUCCCGCUCGUCAACAACAUGGCUCGACUCGAAUUUGAGGCCAAGAAGGAUGCUGCGCAAAUUUUCGGCAAUCUGCUCCGCCGACAGAUCGGCACGCGCUCACCGACGGUCGAAUAUGUCUGCACCAAGGACCACUUGUUGUUCACUCUGCUCAAAGACUACGAAAAUCCAGAGAUUGCCCUCCCGGCCGGCCAGAUGCUCCGAGAAGCCUUGCGAUAUGAGGCUCUUGCCAAGACUGUCCUUCACAGCGAGCAAUUCUACAAGUUCUUUGACUAUGUUGAGCUCUCAACGUUCGACAUUGCGUCCGACGCUUUUGCUACUUUCAAGGAACUCCUCACUCGUCACAAGAUUCUCUGCGCCGAGUUUUUGGAGAAGAAUUACGACAGGAUAUUCGAGCAGUACACCAAGCUUCUCUUGUCAGAAAACUACGUGACCCGGCGCCAGUCGCUGAAAUUGCUCGGCGAGCUGCUCCUCGAUCGCGCCAACUUCUCGGUCAUGACUCGUUACAUCAGCAACCCCGAGAACCUCAAGAUGAUGAUGAACAUGCUCAAGGACAAGAGCAAAAAUAUUCAAUUCGAGUCCUUCCAUGUCUUCAAGGUUUUCGUUGCAAAUCCCAACAAGACCAAGCCCAUUCUGGACAUCCUGCUCAAGAACCGGGACAAGCUAGUCGACUUUUUGUCAAAGUUCCACACCGAGCGUCAAGACGACGAGCAAUUCAACGACGAGAAGGUCUACCUCAUCAAGCAAAUCAAGGAGCUCACAGCUUGAGGCACCAUUUCUUUGGUUGGCUGACAUGUACCAAAUUUUGCUCGUCUCUAUUGGUGUUUCCUCCAUUUUCAGUGCUCUGUCUUGCUGGGCUGUGCUUUGUUCCCCGCCUCCCCCCCUCCCACCUUUUGACAAAGUCUUUCCAUCGGUGCAUGCUGGCGAUGCGUUGAGUUUUUGUUUUUUUCGUGUUGAUGCUUGGCGUGGUUGUUUGGUUGUUUGUUUUUUUGCUGUGUAGUGUGUUUUGGUACCUAGUGUUGUGCCAUUCCUGGUUUUUUUCUCUGCUUCUAAAUGAACCUAUUCUUCGAA